UUUUUCGGACCUAAUAGUGAAUAUAUUAUGUCUGGAUCCAAUUGUGGUGAUAUAUUCAUUUAUGACAAGAAUACAGAAGACGUUGUACAGUGGUUGUCACUGUACGAUCAAUUUAUGUCCAGAAGAGAUUAUGAGAUAUGUCACGUAGUGGGUCAUCCGCAUAUUCCCAUUCUUGCGGCGAAAUACGGAACCAGUGUUAGAAUAUGGUCGCCUUCGAGCAGAGAAUCUCCGACACAAUCAAAAUUCAGGAAUAAAGAAAUAAAGACGUUAUGUGAACGCAACCUAAGGAGGCAACGACUAUUAUCUCUCCGACCAGAAUUAUCUCUUUAAAGAAGAACAUCGUAAUGCCUACAACAUCGAUGACUAUUAUUCGGACGACUUAUUGAUGGCGCUAGAUGGACGAGAGUGAUAGUCAGU